AUGCUUAGUGACACAUCGCCGUCCAGCAGUGGCCAGCCAGGCUGUAUCACGCCCCUAGGUGACCUCCUCGGAAGCUCUGACCACGAGGAAGCUGCACUUCAAGCCUGCCCUGUCUUGAGCCCUGGUGCCGAUCAUCUAUCAGCCUCACAGGAAUCACCAGGCAAAGCCAGCUCCGGCAGAACUAUGGGCGAUGUCGGUGAACUAUCCGUCGCGCCGACAACCCACGAUGACGUCUCCGAUGCCCAGCUAACCCAGAAGUCGUAUCAAGUCGGGUCGAGCCGUGCGAAACCAGCUGCUCUGCCCACUCCUCUCCCCCCCCCAGACCAGUCAAGAGGCAUCACUGUGCGCGAUACCACCGCAGUCAAGAUGCGUAGUCACCCCACGACCGCCAAAAAGGCCCAGGCCAACUUUAUCAUCGUACAUACUCAAGACUCGGCUUCAGAUAUAAUCGAGGCCAUCUAUAAGGAACUGUCCCGGGCACGUAACGAUUGUGCCCUUGAACUUUGCCACAGCUCCGAAGGCCCGUAUCUACGCAUCAUCGCCUCUACCGAGAAGAGCAUCGCGGAGCUCGUACAGGCGGCACGAGAUUCAGCCGAUGAUUUGAUUUCCGAUGAAGCUAGCGGCGCAUCAAGGAUUUUCCAGGAGCCGCCCGCCGGUCUCAAGAAUGAUGCUCGGGUCUUCCUGAAUGUCGGCUUGCUCCCUUCUAGUGUGCGCCCGAGGCUCCAGCCACGGGGAGAUGCCGCGAAUCCGGGAUCCCAACCAGGCUUCCAAGAAUACGUCUCGAGCCUCACCAACAGCGUUUAUAGAGGACUGAAGAAGGCCGGCAGAUUUCCUCUGCUGCUAACAUUGCGAAUUCACCUAGGCCAUUAUUUCCUGGAGGCAUACCCGCGAGGUAAGGAGGUCUACCAGUAUGGCGACUUCCACGCCAUGAUGAAGAAUCCUCGUGUUUCUGGCCGGUUAAAGACUUGGAUAGGAGACGAAACGACUGCCGAGAGGGUAUUGGACUUCGUCAGGAAUGGCUCAAACAGUCCCUUCCAGCCAACUAGCAACCAGGCCUCGUCACCGACAGACGUCCUACCCGACUACUUAUUUGAGGUACACUCGCAAAACUUCAAGUUCGAUGUAUCGAUCAUAACCACAGCUCGCGCGAGAAGGCAUGGUACCUGUCAGAUGUACCGCGUAGCGGCCUCGGAAACAGAUCCCAACGCCGCCGAGCUUGAAAUUACCAAUUUAAGCGUAGGAAAGGAGCUCGACUGGGCAUUACGGGCCAUCAGAGAGGAGAAGCACGCGAAAAUCUCCCAGGACAUUGUUCAGUACCUGCGGUCCGCCAAGGUCCACAUGGAAGACCUCGGUCGAGCCCAUGAUUUCGACGUCUACCCACUCGUGGCUCUUGAUCGCCGCAACCCAAUAGCGGGAAAACUCAAGGAUGCUAUUAUGAAAACCGUCUACCGGUUCCGGUGGAAGGCUACAACAUACAUCGUUGAAAUUGCAGUUAAUCAUCGAUGGAGUGACAUCGCCGCGAUGGUCGGCCGGGCGCCACCUAUUAUUGAUCUCGGUGUCUCUAUUUAUGGUCAAGAUUGGGACUUAGAUGACCAAGCCGCCGGGAACAUCUGGGGCGAGGAACUCCAGUUCCUACUUGAGGACGGCGGACAAACCACAAGACCCCAGGGUGUUGAUAGAGUUGCAAAUUUCUUGCAUGUGGUGAUGGAUGUUCGUGAUACUCUUGAUCCCUUCUUUAGGGGACACGAGCCGGGAAUUGCCUAA